AUGUCGACCCCGAAGUCCUCUCUGUCGCGGGUGUCGUGGUUGGUGUCGAAGAUCUUCCGGUUGCCCGUUGUGGCUGAUCUAGUAUGUCUCGCUAUCGGUCUUCCUCUGCUGCCUCUUACGGCGGAAGCGUCGGCAUCGGAUUCUAUAUGCUUUCUCUUCGUUCGGUUCUCCUUUCCGGGAGCAGUCGGUUUGUUGGCUUUCCUCGCCACCGAUCCGUUGCUGUCUCUUUCGACAAGGGCUGACGACGAUGAUGGCGGCGGGUUCCACGAUACCUCCGAGUCCCCCUCCGUUGCCUUGGUCUUUCUUCUUUUCCCGAUGAUUGCUGAUGUCGACAGCGUCGAUGAUGCCUGGGACGAAGCCGCGGCCUUGCUUCUCGUUCUCACCGGCUCCGAUCGAGGUGCUCGGGUGCUAGGAGCAUGCUUUGACCGGUACAGACCAGCCUGCUUAGCUGGGUCGAACUCAAUGUUGACAUCGAUAUCCAUUGGGAAGCAUUCGGCUUCCCUAGUCUGCUGGUUAUCCGGGGUCCUCGUGAUAGAGGCCUCGGAUGGUUGGCCAGCGGUGCUUCUGGUUACGAUGCUUGUGGCAUUGCCCCCGGUAGCCACGCUGGCCGGUUUGCUUAUUGGUAAGCUAGCUGUCUUCUUAGCAGCCGGCUUGCUCUUGGCAGAGCUGGUUCGUUGGCUCGAAGUAGGAUUGCUUCGAGAUGUUACGGUUUUCGCAGUUCCACGGCCGCUACCCAUGGAGGAUGCUUCCCUCGGUGUUGGAUCCGAGCUCACUGGCUCUCGACUAACGCCAGAGCCUGAGCUAGACCCUGCCAUCCUCGGAGCAGGGUCCGAGAUAGAUAGGUAG